AUGGACGAGCCUCGAAAUCCCUACGCAGCUGCUCACCGCCAUCCAAAAGGGCCGGGUGACGCCCGACCUACCGCCUUACAGGUUGUUCAAGACAACGAACGAGUCGCUGCCUUGCCUGACCUCGUCAUUCUUAUCACAGGUUGCAGCAGCGGUCUUGGAAUUGAAACUGCUCGCGCCCUAGUCGCCACUGGCGCCACACUGUAUCUAACCGCGCGCAGCCUUUCCAAAGCCCGUGAGGCUCUAGGUGCCGACCUCCUCUCCAACCCAAAAGUCCACCUUCUCCAGCUCGAUCUCGACUCCUUCGCCAACGUCGGCUCUUGUGCUCGUGCCUUCCUCUCCCAGUCCUCCAAGCUCAACAUCCUCAUCACCAACGCCGGCAUCCGACACGUGCCAUUCGCGAAGACAAAAGAUGGCUUCGAGCGCCAUUUCGCAGUGAACCACCUGUCGCACUUCCUCCUCACGCAAAUUCUCCUACCGACAUUGAAGGCGUCGUCCACGAUGCAUUUUCCAUCCCGCGUGGUUGCGCUCAGCAGCGGCGCGCACCGCAACUCGCCCAUCGAGUUCGACGACCUCAACUUGGAAAAAGCUGGCGUAUAUACACCAGCAAAAGGGUACGCGCAAAGCAAACUGGCAAAUGUGUACAUGGCCAGCGAAAUCACGCGCCGCUACGGAUCCUUCGCUGAAGGCGGCCGACCCGGCGUGUUUGGCCUGGCAGUCAUGCCCGGUGGCAUCCGUACGGGGCUGCAGCAACACGCCGAUGGAGUGGUCCCCGAAUUUCUGCGAAGCUGGUAUUUCAUCAAGAAUAUCAUGCGGAUCCUCAAUAUCCAGAAGAAUCCCGAGCAGGGUGCCGCGACGAGCGUGUUGGCGGCGGUUGGGAAGAGAUUUGAAGGCCGGGGAGCGAUGUAUUUGGAGGACUGUGGGGAGGCAGUCCCGGUGAAAGAGGGGUGGGGGUUACUUGAUGGCGGGUAUCUUCCUGGUAGGACGGACGAUGUUGAGGCGGUGAGGAGACUAUGGAGCGUAAGCUGUAAGCUGGUGGGCGUUGAGGAUGAUGGGUUGUGA